ACAGAAUUUCAAAAUGACCAACGUAUCCAAUCCGCUGGACGCUAAACCCUCGGUACAAUUUCUUCCCAAACCUCCAAUCUGUCUGCUAUUUUGAAGCAAAACCUGAACUCUCUCUCUCUCUCUCAUACGUACACUCCCAUUCGCUUCUCACCAAGAACACCACAACCCAAUUGAGACAAUACAACACUCUUUACAAUAGAGGCAUGAUUGCAGUUGAUGAGGCCUAUCUAUCUAUUUCAUUGAUUGACUAAAAAUACACUUUUCAUUGCUUUGAAAUGAAAGCUUUGAGAGCUCUUAGAACAUUCACAAUCCUUUCUUCUUCAAUACCCACCAAAAUCCAUCUCAAUUCAACCGUUCUCUGCCGCUUCUACGCAUCCCAACCUCAGCAACACAACCCCACCCCCACCGCCUCUGAAGAUGACGAGAAUGGCGACUCUGUCUUUGACAGUAGCGAAUACACAUUACCCAACAUCGGUUUGGAUUCUGGGCCUGAAAUAGCUCCAAAGCCGACUUGGGAUGAGAACUACAGAGCUAAAGCCAAUCGGGCUAUCUUUGGAGAAGAAACCCAGAUACAGAAUUCGAGAAUUUUGGUCAAGGAAGACGAAAAGAGGCGCCGGGCUGCUGCGCUUGCAAAGGCUUUGCUUGAAGCUGCAUUGGAGCGGCCGGAUGAGGAGGAGGAGGAGGAAGAGGAUGUGGUGGUGAAGGAAGAAGACCAGAAGUCAUUGUCUGUGGGAAUUAUUGGCGCACCCAAUGCUGGAAAGUCUGCGCUAACCAAUUACAUGGUUGGGACAAAGGUUGCGGCUGUUUCUCGCAAGACAAACACAACUACUCAUGAAGUAUUAGGAGUGAUGACCAAGGGAAACACCCAAAUUUGCUUCUUUGACACUCCAGGACUUAUGCUGAAGAAAAGUGGUUUCCCUCAUAAUGAUAUGAAAGUCCGUGUAGAAAGUGCAUGGAGUUCUGUUGACCUAUAUGAUGUGGUCAUAAUUAUAUUUGAUGUUCAUAGACAUCUUAACAGGCCCGAUAAAAGAGUGAUUGGAUUGAUUAAACAUAUGGGUUCACAAGCGAAUCCAAAACAGAAACGAGUGCUAUGUAUGAAUAAGGUGGACUUGGUUGAAAAAAAGAAAGAUUUGUUGAAGGUUGCGGAACAAUUCAAAGAUCUACCUGGAUAUGAAAGGUAUUUCAUGAUCUCUGGAUUGAAGGGUUCUGGAGUAAAAGAUCUAACUCAGUAUUUGAUGGAGCAGGCAGUUAAAAGGCCUUGGGAUGAAGAUCCACUUGCAAUGAGUGAAGAAGUUAUGAAAAGCAUAUCUUUAGAAGUUGUCCGUGAAAGAUUGUUGGACCAUGUACAUCAGGAAAUCCCGUAUGGCAUACAACAUCACUUGGUAGAUUGGAAGGAGUUACGAGAUGGUUCUCUUAGGAUUGAACAACAUUUCAUCACUCACAAGAUGAGCCAGCGCAAAAUUCUUGUUGGGAAGAAUGGCUCUAAAAUAGGGAGAAUAGGCAUUGAAGCCAAUGAAGAGCUGAGGUCCAUAUUCAAGAGGAAUGUUCACCUCAUUCUUCAGGUCAGAGUUAAAUGAUGCAAUCGGCAAAUCAAUCAAAUGCUGCCAUCAUACACUUUUCUUUUUUCUUUUUCUUUUUUGGCUAAGCGAUUUUGUAACAUAUAUAGAGGAAUCAUUAGUUGUACUUGUAUUUUAUUUAUCUUUGUAUCUUUAACCUUUCAAAGAUCAUGGUGUUGAGCCACUUGAAUUGCAUUGAUUCAUUAGCUUGGCAUAUUGCUGUUAAAAUUGGUUAAAAGCGCCAUUAUGGUUGGUAGAAUCCGAGCUUGAAGGAACAAUUCUUAUCACACACGGGUUACUCAUAUUUUAAUAG